AUGAGUGUUUCGGGUAUACAAAUCACUCAUAUAAUAUUUGACUUAGAUGGAUUGCUACUUGAUUCAGAAACAAUUUAUACUGAAGUCAAUGCAGAAUUGAUGAAAAACUAUGGUAGAGAGUAUACAAUGGAGUUAAAGACGAAGACAACUGGUAUGAAGAUGGAUGAUGCAAUUCAAACGAUGCUUGAACAUGAACACUUGUUUGGUAUAGUAAAUUUGGAGGAGUAUAAAGCGAAAUAUUUAGACUUGCUAGGUAAACAUCUUCCUGAAAGUCAGCUAUUGCCUGGUGCUAUGAAACUGGUGAAACAUUUUGCUAAACAUAAAAUUCCAAUGGCAAUAUGCAGUGGAUCUAAUGCUUAUGAAUUCAGUGCAAAAAUGAAAAAUCAAAAGGAAUUAUCCGAUCUCAUUUCACUUCAUGUUCUAACUGGCGAUGACCAGCUUGUUAAAAAAGGGAAGCCAGCACCAGAUGGAUUUUUGGAGACAAUGCGACGAUUUGCAGUGAAACCGAAGAGUGCCGCUCAUGUUUUGGUGUUUGAAGAUUCGAUAAAUGGUGUUUAUGCUGCAUUAGCAGCUGGAAUGCAUGUUGUGAUGGUACCAGAUUUGCGUUAUUCAAGUCCUCCUGAAAAAUGCAAGGAUAAAAUAACGCUGGUAUUGAAUAGUUUGGAGGAAUUUAAACCGGAAGUGCUGGACUUACCACCAUAUGAUUGA